CCAGGUGGAAUGGACUUCUCAAAUACUUCGAACCUCAACAGCACUGUGAAACCACAGACUCUUUUCUGCUACGAGUCUUUGAGUGGAUCGUGUGUGAGGUUUGCUCGACCCCUGAGCGUUCAGGUUCUGAUGUUCACAUCGAUGGUGUUGGCCAUACUGGUGACUGUUAUUGGGAACCUUCUGGUCAUCACCUCCAUUGCACACUUCAAGCAGCUCCAAACCUCCGUAAACCAACUGCUCGUCUCCCUGGCUGUGUGUGAUCUCCUUCUGGGAGUGUUUGUAAUGCCGUGCAGUGCUGUGCGCUCUGUCCAGGGCUGUUGGUACCUAGGAGGGUUUCUGUGUAAGCUCCACACCAGCACUGAUAUUAUGCUGAGCACAUCCUCCAUCUUCCAUCUAUCCUUCAUCUCCAUUGACCGUUACUUUGCUGUCUGCAGGCCACUAUCAUACAGACUGAUCAUCACCAAUAACACUGUAUUGAUCAUGAUCACCACCAGUUGGCUGGUCCCUGCCAUUUUUUCUUAUGGAAUGAUCUUCCCUGAGAUCAAUCUGAAAGGCAGGGAGGAUUUCUAUGAAACACAUGUCAAGUGCAUUGGAGGCUGUCAGGUGUUCUUUAGUCCAGUGGCGGCUGUAGUAGCAUCCUCCUUCAGUUUUUACAUCCCAGGCAUGAUCUUGAUUUGUAUAUAUUCCAAGAUAUAUUGGGUUGCCAGGGCUCAGGCCAGGUCCAUUAAAGAUUUAUCUCGUCAGUUUAAAGAGGCAGACUCUGGACGUAGAGAAAGACGAGGGGCAAAUAUUCUGGCAAUAGUAGUUGGAGUGUUUCUAAUCUGCUGGAGUCCCUUUUCCUUGUGCCUCAUCAUUGACCCUUUCAUACAGUACUCUAUCCCCCCGCUGUUGGGGGAUACCCUGGUUUGGUUUGGAUAUUUGAACUCUGCUUUUAACCCUAUUGUCUAUGCUUUCUUUUACACUUGGUUCAGGAGGGCUUUGAGAAUCAUCAUCAGUGGUCACAUCUUUCGCAGAGGUUCUUGUAGAUUUAGAUUGUAUUCUGAGUAAAGUUUCAGUUGACAUUGUAUGUGUGUUCAAAUAAAUAUAUGAAUUAUUGUGGGAUAUAACAUGUGACAGCUAUGCAACUAAAAGAUAAAGCUUGAGUGAAAAUGUAACAGAAGCUGCUUUU